AUGUUAAAAAUUAAGAAAUGCAGUACCUGUAAGACAGGAACCGCUAGUCCCAAUCUUCCUUCCGAGAAAACAGUACAAGAAAGAGUACCAUCUCACGGUGAUCUGGAGAAUAUUCGAUUGGAACUUAGUAAGAUUACUAAACAAAUAUCGUCAUUACCACAGUUAAUUGCAAGUGUCCAGACUAUCCAGGCCGACCUUUCAGAUCUUAAGGUUAUGAAGAGUGAAAUGAUGGACGUUAAAAAUUCGUUGAACCAUGUGCAUACUUCGGUUGAGGGACUCACUAAAAAACUGACCGAGAUCGAUCGAGAAAUUCAGUCUUUACAAAAAACUAAAGAUGACGUUGUACGUGUUGAAAAUCGAUUGGAGAAUCUUGAGGCUGCUGUACGCGACAAUCAGCAAAGAUCGCGCCUGAAUAACAUUGAGACCAAAGGCGUUCCUGUAACCUCGUCUGAAAAUCUGUUUACUAUCAUUUCCAUUAUUGGUAGUAAAAUAGGUUACGAAGUUCCCAAGGAGCAAAUCAACUACGUCGCAAGAGUACCUCAGCGUAAUAAUAAAAACAGCAAAAACAUCAUUGUGUCACUUCACACCCGUUACCUGAGAGAUAAUUUUAUAGCUGCUGCUAAAAAAUGUAAAUCUUUAACUGCUGCGGAUUUAGGAUUCAGCAGUGAUGGUAGCUUAACAGAGGGCAUCUACCGUCGUGCAGGAAGUAGUGUCGUGCUUACCGAGUUGCUGGCGCGAUUCCGUCGGGACGCGUGGUCCGUGCAACUGGUCAGCAUUCCGCGCACGAUGUCGCCGGGGUGCUCAAGCGAUUCUUCCGUGAUCUGCGCGAAUGUCUCGUGCUACAAGAUCGCCAUCAAGCACUUAUAUCUGCCCUAG